AUGAGCUCCCAGGAAACCAUCGUGUGCGGCAAGGAAGAAAACCAAAGGAAAAGCCACAUUUCUGAACAAGAUGGGAAAAGUCACAUCCCCCUGACUGAGGACAAGGCAAGAAUCGCAGAAGCAGCGAGGCAGAGCGCGCUGGAGAUCCUGAGAGACGCCCUGAAGAAGAAGGACCGUGUGCUCAUGGAGACGCCCCGGGACCUGAUUUCCUGUGACUCCGAACGGCCCCAGUUCUGGAUGGAGCGGUUCGGGGUCCUGACGGAGCAGCGGGUGAGAGACCUCAUCUCGGUGCUGGAGGCAGCCAAGUUCAUGGGGGACCCUUCCAGGGAGAAGACUCGUGCGUAUGUCUAUACAGAAUCUGGAGACAGAACCAUUUAUCUGUACCCACCCUUCUGGAAGGGUCCGAGUUAUCUUAGGAAAAAGUGGCAGUGGGGGACUUUAAUCCACGAGGCCUCGCACUUCUUGGGUGCAGACGACAUCACCUACGAGCCAGUCAGGAUCUCUGUUGCCUGCAAGGGGCUGAUAGUGAAAAAUAGCUCGACAGACCCAAAUAGUCUAGAUUAUGUUCCUCUGGCGAAUGCGAUGGUAAAUGCCAGCAACAUCCAGUAUGAGUUUGAACUGACCCUGCGGCAUGGGGGCUACUACAUUUGGGGCAGAUACUCCUGCUGCGGGGAGACAGCGAGGAACUCCGUCUGCGAGAGGGCCGUGCCCGAUGAGUUUUUGACUUCUCCGAACAACGGGAGCAAACUGGAAGCGAGGAACAUCGAUGAAAUACUGAGGGACGAGCUGCUCCGGGCCCGGGACAGACUGAAGAAGCACAUAGCAGAUCUUCGGGCAACUGCCGACGCUGUGGACAAGGCUAACAGAGAAGCCACAAAAGCAACAGGUGCCGGAAAGGCAGCGGCCCUCACAAGCGUGGCCAGUGCCCUUCUGGGGGUUGGCCUCGCCCCCUUCACCUUUGGGGCAUCGCUGGCUGCCUCUUUCACGGGGCUUGGUGUCCUCACGGCAGGCACUGUGACCAGCAAAGCAGCGACCACCCGGGCCAUGAAGCAGAGUCUGGAUAAGCAGGAGGAGUUCCUCAAGCUCCUGCGCCAGUGCCUGGAUGAGGUGCGGCUAAUCCGGCGGUACAUGCAGCUCCUCUCAGUCCAGGUGCAAGAGACCACCAGCAGCCAUGUCACACAUGUGGCAACAACCUCGCACGUCCCGACAAGCGUCAGACUAGACCCAGACAUCUUCUCUACAGUCAUGAACUACUUAGAGCUCAAAGACACCAAAUCAGAGCUGGCGGCCAAGAUGCGAGAGGCAGCCGCCAAACUGGAGGAAGUGAUUGAGCAAGUCAACAAGAUGCAGGAGACGCUGACUGAAUGA